ACUAAAUUCUCCGAUGACUGACGUUGAUUCCUCGACACCAUUCUACGGCUGACUUCAGUCGCCGCCCCCACUCCUACUCCUGUCCAACCAUUCCCUACUUUCAGAGUAGACCCUUCUUCCCUACCAAGACAACUGAAAAAGACUACAGGGGGGAAAAGAAAGGGAAAUAAAGAGAAAGAGGAGGAAAAGUCAAGAACCCACUACUCUUCUACCCGUGUUUAUUGUCAUCAUUCUCAUUUUCUUCAUCAAUUUCUUGAAAUCGAAAUUUGAUAAAUUAAAAAAAUAAAUAAAUAGAUUCUCCAAGACCAAAUUGCCACAAGAUUUUCUGCACAAAAUUAGGUGGUCUUAUCAUUAUUAUUACCCGCUAUAUACUCUUCUCCCACUUUCCCAUUUUUCCAAUCCCCCUUUUCAAUUGAGUGACAUGGGUGGAGUAUGUUCUGGAGGGACAAUUAAGAGCUGCAAGUCAACUGAGGUUGAGCAUGAUAAGACUUCAGGGUUUUCAGGGAAGCUGAAGUCAAUUGGGAGUUUUGGGAAGCUGAAGAAUGAUAAUUCUACGACAUAUCCUGAUAAUACGGAUGCUUUCACGAAGGAGCCAGGCAAUCUAUAUGAUUCUGGUGAAUUGAACUUUUCAAUCUCCCAGGAAUUGAAGCCAUCAACCCCUGCUAGAAAACUCGCUAAUAAGGCACCUCAAGUGAGCUCAUUUCUUGGUAAGGCUGGUGCAGUUGGCCUUGAGAAAGCAGUGGAAGUUCUAGAUACUCUAGGCAGCAGCAUGACUAAUUUGAACUCUGGUGGAUUUACGACUGGUCUGGCUUCGAGGGGAAAUAAAAUAUCUAUAUUGGCAUUUGAAGUUGCAAAUACUAUUUCCAAAGGUGCGAACUUGGUGCAAUCUCUUUCUGCAGAAAAUAUUCAGUUUUUGCGCAAGGAAAUUUUACAUACAGAAGGAGUACAAAAGUUGGUUUCUACAGAUAUGAAUGAGCUGCUUAGAAUUGCAGCUGCUGACAAGAGGGAGGAAUUUGAUGUCUUCUCUCGCGAGGUUAUCAGAUUUGGAAAUCUCUGUAAAGAUGCACAAUUUCACAACCUCGAUAGAUUCUUUUCAAAGUUGGAUUCAGAUCCGGAUGUUCACAAACAAUUAAGAGAAGAGGCCAAAAUGACAAUUCAAGAGUUGACCACUCUAGCUCAACAUACUUCCGAGUUGUAUCACGAGCUGCAUGCUUUGGACAGAUUUGAACAAGAUUAUCAGGCGAGGUUAGAGGAAGUAGAAUCUUUACACCUGCCUCAAAAAGGAGAGAGUCUCGUAAUGUUACAAAGUGAGCUAAAACAUCAAAGAAAACUCGUGCGGAGCUUGAAAAAGAAAUCUCUUUGGUCUAAACGUUUGGAGGAGGUUGUGGAGAUGCUUGUUGAUGUCGUCAGUUUCAUUCAUCAAGAUAUUUUAGAAUCAUUUGGAGAUAAUGGGUUGGCAUCUUACAGCAAGGCAUCUUCUCACAAACCAGAAAGGCUAGGUGUUGCUGGUCUUUCUUUACAUUAUGCUAAUAUAAUUACUCAAAUUGAUAACAUCGCAUCACGCCCCGCCUCUCUUCCUUCUAAUAUGAGAGAUACAUUGUAUAAUGGGUUGCCACCAACUGUCAAGAAUGCUCUUCGCUCCCGAUUACAAACCAUUGGCACCGAGGAAGAGCUCACAGUUUCUCAAAUCAAAGCCGAGAUGGAGAAAACUUUCCGGUGGCUAGUUCCAUUAGCAUUGGAUACUACCAAAGCACACCAAGGAUUUGGAUGGGUUGGAGAGUGGGCAAAUGCUGGUGGCAGAAACGAGUUUGGCAAGAAAACAGGCACGCCAAGUAACCUGAUUCGCUUGCAGACACUCUAUCAUGCGGAAAAGCAGAAGGCCGACUCCCACAUCCUUGAGCUAGUGGCAUGGCUUCAUCGUCUUGUUAGCCUCGUAACUUAUAGAGAUAACGGGCUCAAGGCUCAACCAGUACAAUCUCCGACUCUCAGAGGAUCAAAUGCAUUGUCAUCAAACAACAAUGCUGGAAUUCGUACAGUUCAGCUCUCUCCCGAUGAUAAAAAUUUGUUGGACAAGGUCACGAAAAGGAAGAACUUGGCCACCGGACUAAGCAAAAGCCAGGAAUUUAUGACGGUGCAGAAGAGGAAAAAUAAGGUUUGGGCAUUGAGCAGGAGCACUGGGAGCUCUCCCCGUAGAGGACUUGAACACCUGAAGGGUAACGUUUUGGAUAUAUUAGAUGGGUUAGAUUCUACUUUUUUGGCUCCUAGAGAAGAUAUUGGAUGAAGUGAUCAUUCUUUUAUUUUAUUUUGAUUACAUAUAUAUAAGAAAUCUCUGAUGCCCUAUCUUUGGAGUUGUAUUUGAUGAUUAAUAUAUUAAUAUAUAGAACAGAAAAGUUCUCAACAUUCUGGUAGUAA